GGCGCCCCGCGCCCCCGCAGCCCGGGCCCGCCCACAAGCACCGGCCGCUGGAGAUGUCGUCCAAGAGCCCCGUGCCCUUUCUGCGCCGCGUGGUCCCCGGCAGUAAGAAGGUCAGGCGCGACCCCCGCUUCGAUGACCUGUCGGGCACCUACAGGCCCGAGGUCUUCGAUAAAACCUACGCCUUCCUGAACGACAUCCGCACCAAGGAGAAAAAGCUCGUGGAAAAGCAACUGAAGAGAUGCCGGCAGGCGGAGGAGAAGGAGAGGUUGCAGAAGCUGCUGAAUCACAUGACCCAGCAGGAGGAGGCGCAGCAGGAGCGGCAGCGGCAGCACGAACAGCACCUGGCCCUGAAGAGAGAGCAGCGCGCCCAGGCCCAGCGUGGCUGCAAGCCCUUCUUCCUCAAGAAAUCUGAGCGGCGGCAGCUGGAGCUGGCUGACAAGUACCAGGAACUGAAGCGCAGCCAGAAGCUCGAGAGCUUCCUGAGCCGCAAACGCCGGCGGAACGCGGGCAAGGACCGGAGACGGCUCCCCCCGGGCAAGGCCCGCUGAGGACCGGCCGCCGAGGACGGGCGUCUCUCCUUGCGGCCGCCGCCUCCCUCGGGACUUGAGCUGUCGCGCCCCGGGCAACCCCGGAAAGUGGGAAGGGGCUGAGGAAGGGGCGGCUUUGAACUGAGUGCUUCAUCUGGCAAGAACGGCAGGCCCAAGCCCUCCCCGUCCCGAAACCGGGGGCGGGGGGAGCGGGAUUUGGGACUUGCUUUACCGUUCGCAAACCACAACCAGUUUUGCAGCCAGCCGGACGACCCCCGUGGACGUCUGUCGGCUUAGGGGAGACGAAAAGGGGGAGGGUGUUAUUGCGAAGGUAGCCAGAGCCAUGAUUUUUGUUGUGUGUCAGACUCGCGGUAGCGCCCAGGUCCUCCGGGACUCCCGUGCGGGAGCCACGCGGCAGAGCCUCCGUAAAGCUGGUUUGUUUCUCA